CUCAUGUUGAAUUUGAAUAAAGUCACUCCAAUUCCUUGAUGAUUGUCACUUCUAUGCUGUGUUAUGGCUUGUUCAAGAAUAGAAGUAGUAGUGGUCGUGGCGCAGAACACAGAUGCCGUCUUGCGAAGACGAAGUGCUUAGCAUAGGGAAAAAGUUGGAUAAGAUUAUUGAUGGAUCGAAAUCGUCGGAAAAUGCUGCGGAACUGCUUGAGGUUUUGUCCAAACUACCAAUCACUAUCGAUAUCCUGACGAAAACUCGCAUUGGUAUGACCAUCAACGAUUUGAGGAAGAAGACUUCAGACGAGAAACUCGCAAAGAAAGCAAAAAGCCUCAUCAAAGAGUGGAAAAAUUUGGUGGAUAAAAGAGAGGACAAGAAGGAAAAGACACCGCGGCAUGAACCAUCCUCGUCAAAUCCAUCAUCGAAAAGUAAUGGCAAUGGUACAACGCCAAAUCAGCAUGCACCUAAACCUGCUGCACCUCCCGUGCCGACUCAGUCUUACUCCUCCAACUUCCCUCCGAAACAUCUGGAAAAAGAUGAGAUGAGAUUGAAGUCAGUACAAAUGAUUUUGAAUGCACUCAGAUACACAGAGCUUCCUGAUGGUACACAUGAUCCAGAGGAGAUUGCAGUACGAGUGGAAGAAAAGUUGUUCAGUGUACACAAAGGUACUGGUGACAAGUACAAAGCAGCGCUUCGCAGUCGUGUUUUUAACCUUAGAGAUAAGAAAAAUCCCGCACUGAGAGAGAAUGUUCUCACCGGUGUUGUGAAGCCGGAAAGAUUUGCCGUUAUGAGCAGCGAGGAAAUGGCUUCGGAUGAAGUACGAGAAAUGCGUGACAAAUUCAACAAGGCUGCAUUGUUGGAGCAUCAGAUGAGCGUGCAGCAAGGGACGCCGUCGGAUAUGUUCAAAUGUGGAAAAUGUGGAAAGAAGAAUUGCACGUACACACAACUACAAACGCGGUCGUCUGAUGAGCCUAUGACAACCUUCGUGUUCUGUCUAGAGUGUGGCAACCGCUGGAAGUUUUGCUAGAAAGUGGGAGUUUUGCGACAAAGUGUUAAUAUGCUCAGUAUUGUCCAAAUAUUCAGUCCUGGUGUACAUUUUGUGUCGCGAUGUGUUCUCUUUGAACAACACGUUAAUGCCCACUCUCUAAUUCUCCUUACUAAUCAUUCAUUAUAUGUAGAGAAUGCAGGUGAGGGGAAACAAGAGUGAGUGUUACUUGGAUGAAUUAUGUUGGAUGUGGUAUCACUGAAUGUACAUUAGUAGUCUUCACUGCACGGACUGUCGUUUCAAAUAAUAGUAGUUUAGUACGCAAGUGCGUUACUGGGUAAUUUAUUGUUUUGUUCACUUUGUUUACUUCUUCUCUUUACGUUUCGCACUUGUUGAAUUGUGUGAAAGAUGUUACCUGAUUGUACUUUUCGGCUAGUUUCUACCCAAUGGAUUAAUAACUGUACUUCUUUGAAGAUGUUAUCCUCAAACUGGACCUGGACCAUUUU